AGGCCCUUUAACUCCAGUGUGGUGAUGACGAGGGUGGUGCAAGGGUGUCUGUCGCUCUUGUGGUGUUGUGGUGGUGUCUAGCGAACGAAGAAAGUUGCGGAGGUGAAGAAAAAGUUGAAAAUUAUCUCGACUUUCUUUUACUUUCUCUUUUUGUUGCUCUUGUUAUUUAAGGAACGAACUCACUCGACGACGUGACUAUGAUGGGGCUGCCGCUCAAAAACAGGAAGGGGAAGGUGGAGAAGCCGAGGCCCCUCAAGCUGUGCACCCUCGGCGACCAGUCCAUGGAGAGCGUGUUAGCAGACAUGGACGUGGUCUCGCAGUACCUCAACUCCUCGCCCUACGACCGCUCCGUGUACCCGGCCAUCGUGGCGCUGUGCGAGAACCUCAAGAUGUUCGGCUCGCAGCUGGAGAACGUGUAUAAAGACCAGCUGGACAAAUGUUACAUCUCUCUUCGUAAUGGCUGCCGUGAUGACCGCCUGAGUCUCGCCGCGCGCUACCGGCUGCUGGAGGUGAUUGAGCUGCGGGCGAUGCACUGGCAGGCCAACGAGAACCUCAUCAACUACUACAAACAGAAGCUCGUGCAGAUUGAGGCAGAAGAAGCGGCUCUUGAGGAACAGACCACUGCGGACACCUCAGGCCAGAGCACCCCGGGCAUCACCCUGACACCCACCACCACACCCAUGGGCAUACCCGGACUCCAGCCCUUCCAACAGACCAUCUAUAGCCAGCUGCCCCAACAGACCAACCCCGCCAUCGCCACCACCCAGCCCCAGUCCACCCUCGGCCCCCAGACCCCAGUCACCCCCACGCUGCUUGGCCCCGGGGAGAUUAUCAGGAACUCGGGGAAGUUUGCCAAGCCGACCAGAAUCCCCGGAAAGAAUUACUGCAAGGACGAGGUGGUGAUUCGCAAUGCUGACUCUGGGAAAGUCAUGGGCAUCAAGGGCCGUCGAGUUCACAUGAUCGAGGAGCUCUCCGAGACCAUCAUAUCCUUCCAGAGAGUGGCGCCGGGUGCGAGGGAGAGGCUGGUGCAGAUCACGGGGCCGGCCGAGGAGAACAUCAACCAGGCCAAGCAGCUGAUAGAGGAGACCAUCCGCCGCAACGCCUCCCCCGUCCGCAGCGAUGAGCGUGGUGGUGGCGGCGGCGGCUCCAUCUUCACCUCUCUGGGCGGCUCUUCCUCCUCCAUCUCCUCUCACACCUCCGACGAGACCCUGCAAGUCCUCCGAAGGCAGUUAUCCAUGGAUGAACUAGCUCUGUGCUCAAAGCGCAACACCCUGGUCCACAGCCACUCGGUGGGGGAGGAGCCGCUGGGGGAGUACCGAUACACCGUCACGCGAGGCUCAGACGCCCUGCGCAUCACCGGCGCAAACCUGCACCUUGUUAGGACGGCCAAGCUGGUGCUGGACGAGUUCUUCAGCGGUGAACGUAACCUGAACAACAUUGCUUCCCUGCUCAACACCGAUGGAGCCAGCGAUCACCUGGCAACUGCCGAUUCCCCCACCACCCCUGGCCCAGCCCCCGCCUCCCCCACCAGUGCCUCCGCCCCCUCCCCCACUGCUGAGCUGGACCAGAGCGCUGAGAACACGAAGGCCAGCGUUGUGACUGUUCUGCGGCAGCCACUCUUCCCUUCCUCAUCCAAGGAAGCCAUUGAGAAUGCAGAGUCCAGCGCACAGCCCGGCGACCAGAGUUCCAAGAGCCGACGUGCACUCUUCCAGAAGACCAGCGAUGAGCGGGCCAAUGAGGAGGACAUGCCAGGAGCCACCACCACCAACACCACCUCCACCCUGCUUGACGCCGCCCCUGACCAACCACAACCGGUCUCACCACCGUCACCACCACUGCGUCGUUAUUACACCCGCGACUUUCUGGUGAAGUGCGCCGACUCACCACUCAGCCAGAGGACGCCGGUCAACUGGUCGAUGGUGGUGAGGCAGACGCCCGUGGUGAUGAAAAAGAGCUGGCAGUACUUGGCCGGCGUAACAGCGACUCUGACUGAGCAGGGGGACAUGGCCCUCAACGGCACACCUUCAUACCUGCAGGCGUGUGACCUGGAGGACGGAACGGCACUGGCGAAGAAGGAGCUGACCUGGACGCUGAUUCGCUCGCUGUCCAUAGCCGAGGACGAUGAUAAUGGCAACGCGUCCUAGUGUGUGUGUAUUUACCUAGUUGUAAUUUUACAGGGCCUGGGCUUACGCUCGUGUGGUCCCGUCUCCGUAUCUAUAAUUAUGUGUGUAUGUGUGUGUAUGUGAGUGUGUAUUUACCUAGUUGUGUGUGUGUGUGCGUGUGUGUGGGUGUGUGCAUCUGUAUUGCUAAAGGUUUGAUGUAAUUUUGUAAGAUUUAUAUAACUGGAAGAGUAGUAUUAAUAGUAAUGAAGUAAUAGUCUGUUUCUGUGUGUGUGUGUGUGUGUGUGUGUGUGUGUGUGUGUGUUGCUAAAGGUUUGAUGUAAUUUUGUAAGAUUUAUAUAACUGGAAUAGUAGUAUUAAUAGUAAUGAAGUAAUAUAUAGUGUGUGUGUGUGUGUGUGUGUGUGUGUUCUUACUUAUCUGUACCUCUAGCAAAAAAGGUUAGAAAUCCUUUUGUAAGAUUUAUAUAACUGAUCAAAGAGUAAUAACCGCCACUAAAUAAUAUAUAGCAUGUAUGUGUGUGUGUGUGUGUGUUUGCAUGUGUGUGUGUGUGUGUGUAUGUUCUUACUUAUCUGUACCUCUAGCGAAAAAGGUUAGAAAUCCUUUUGUAAGAUUUAUAUAACUGAUCAAAGAGUAAUAACCGCCACUAAAUAAUAUAUAGCAUGUAUGUGUGUGUGUGUGUGUGUUUGCAUGUGUGUGUGUUUGCAUGUGUGUGUGUGUGUGUGUGUGUGUGUGUGUGUGUGAGAGAGCGAAUUCUUAUCUGUUUAUAUUUUGACGAAAUUGAGAAAAGCUCGUAUGAUGUCCUGUAUUCUCAUGUAGCCUGUGUAUGUACGUAUGUAUGUAGGUUUGUGUGAGUGAGUGUGUGUGUGUGUGUGUGUGUGUGUGUGUGUGUGUGUGUGUGUGUGUGUGUGUGCGCUUGUGAACUUGAGUGUGUGUGUUCCUCGUGCCUUACUAAAAGACCCUUGUAUGUAUCGAGUCUAUGGACCUUUAGAAUGCUGUACAAUAUCAUAAAACAGAACUUCUCACACCUUCCUUCAUUACCAUAAGUCCCUAUGCAUCUUCGUCUCUCACUUUUGCUGUUGUCUUAUCUCUGUACUUGAGCUGCUAUUUGUAUUUACCUUCUAUCAUUAUCAUUAUAUACUGUAACCUCUCUCUCUCUCUUUUUCUGUAGGUCUAAUUAACUGUCUAUGUAUCGUCUUGUUGUAUAUAGUACGUACCCGCGUAUUCCUUCCGUUAUUACUCAAGUCUACUGCCUCCUCUCUCCAAGUCUUUUUGUUUCCUAGUGGUUUUGUUGGAAUAUAUAGAGUAGGUGUUCUUUCCCUCCUCUAUCAGUUGGGUGCGUUAUCUGUCUCUCUCUUAAUCUUAUAAAUUCUCUACUAUAUAUUUUGUUGUAUGUUGUAGAUGGACUUCCCUCUUAAUAUAUCUUUUAUGCAUCAUCUCUCCUCUCUCUUAAUCUUAUAAAUUCUCUACUAUAUAUUUUGUUGUAUGUUGGAGGUGCAUUUCCCUUCUAAUAUAUCUUUUAAGCAUCAUCUGUCCUCUCUCUUAAUCUUAUAAAUUCUCUACUAUAUAUUUUGUUGUAUAUUGUAGAUGGACUUCCCUUCUAAUAUAUCUUUUAUGCAUCAUCUGUCUCUCUCUUAAUCUUAUAAAUUCUCUACUAUAUAUUUUGUUGUAUAUUGUAGAUGGACUUCCCUUCUAAUAUAUCUUUUACGCGUCAUCUUUCUCGCUUUCUUGGUCUUAUAAAAUCGUCUGCGUAUUGUUAGUGUAUUGCGUAGGUGGCUUUCUCUUAUUGUCUUCAUGAGUUGCCUGUCUCUUUCAAGGUCUUUAAUUGUUUCUCUAUAUAUAUUGUAGGUGGACUUCCCUUCUAAUAUUUCCUUUAUGCAUCAUCUAUCUCGUGGUCUUGUGAUGUGUCUGUGUAUUGCUUUGUUGUGCCGAGUCGGUGCUUUUUCCUUCCUGUUAUUUUCAUGAAUCGCCCGUCUCUUUCUAGGUCUCAUAAUUGCUUCUAUAUAUAUUGUUUUAUUGUACAGUGUAGCUCCCAUCCUCUUUUAUUGUUUCCAUGAAUUGCCUCUCUCUCUUCCUGGGUCAAAUUUUUCGGUGUAAUUACGUUGUUUGGUUGUCUGUUGUAGGUGAACUUCCCUUCUUUUAUUAUGCUUAUCACUUGUCUCCCUCUAGGCUCUUUUAAUUGUCCAAAUAUAUUGUUUUGCUGUAUGAUGUAUGUAUAUGGGUGUUCGUGUUUCCCUCUGGGGUCCGUUGUGUCUCACUGUACUGUACAUAUGUAGGUCUGGGUGUUCUCUCUCGUCAAGUUGAUUUUAAUAUAUACAACAUACAUAGUCCUCUUUUUGUGUAGGGGAAAAGCUCAAGACUUACGGAAAAUAAUUUGUCACAAAGAAUAAGUUUUCACAUGGAGCCUAAAUUACAAGCUACAAAAGAAGAUGUAAACGUAGGAACAAGUUACAUGUAGCGUGGAUGGCGUGUGAUUUACUGAGCACUGAAGUAAGUUAGAGGAGCCUUUCUGAGGUUUGAUAUAAUGAGUGUUGAGAGUUGCAGAAAAUGAUAUAAAGGCUCUUAAUACAGAAGGAGAUAUAAAACUUUCAUUAACUAAGUUUCAAGAAGAUUUACUUGAAUGUGACUUGGUGUGCUCUGAGGUAAGUUAAAGAACCUUUUAUGGUGUGAUAUAAGGAGCAGAUUUUUUUUUUUACAGUAAAGGAAACUGCUCAAGGGCAAAAAAAGAAAACAAUGAAAAAAAGCCUUCAAAUCAUUGCUCCUAGAAAAAAAAGAGUUAAGAGGAGUGGCCAAAAGAGAGGUCAAUUUCAGGAUGAGAGAUGUCCUGAUGCUUUCCUCUUGAUGAUGUAAAUGCCCUAAUGAAUAAAUUAUGAUAAUGGUCCUAAGGAGUUACGGAAGAUAUUAAAACUGUAAAGAAUAAGUUACACGAAGCUUUAAUGGAUUGUGAUGUAAUGAGUUUUGAAGUAAGUUAGAAGAACCUUAUUUUUGUUUAAUAUAAUAAGAUGAUGAUGUAAAUAACUAAUGAAUAAGCCAUGAUAAUGAUUCUUAACCCCUUGACUGCGGAUUUCCUACAAGAAGACAUCACCAAGCUACAGGAAUGGAACAAAAAGUGGCUGCUACAAUGCAAUGAAGAAAAAUGUAAAGUCCUGCACCAUGGGAGGGGAAAUCCAGCAUACCAGUACCACAUGAGAAACACUCCACUAUCCACCACAGAGGCAGAGAAAGACCUGGGAGUGUAUGUUACCAGGCUACCAGUGAAGGCAAAAUCCGUGCCAAUCACAGCGGAUGAGUUAAGUGUUGUAGAAGACAUAAAAGUUCUAAAGAAUAAGUUACAAGUCCUGAAAAGCUUUAAUGGAGUAAGUUGAAAUGCUAAAUGGUUGUUCUUUCCAUCUAUGAGAAAAAUAAUUAGCUGCUCCAACAUUUAUAUAUAACUCAAGAAUAAUAUAAUGAUAGUAAUAUAUAUAACUCCCCUAUGUUGUGUAUAGAUAAUAUGAAGCCCCUAAUAACAUGCCUAUCUGUGCACCAAAAAUACAUAUAAUAGAGGGUUAAGUCCAUGCCAACAUCCUCCCCAGUUUGUUAGGCUUCUUUUCUUUUUGUUUAGCCCUUAGACGGCAGUGAAACUAUAUAGAGACGGUCCAAAAUUCAGGCAGUUUUGUAUGGCAGAAAUAUAACAACACUUCCAGAUUGCGGUAGAAUCCAUAUACAGACGAUAGUUAAAACAUCUCUUAUGAGGUGUACAUAUAUUUAAGCUACGGUCCUAAGGUCGGCAGUGACUGUAUAUAGACGAUUCACUUUCAGGAGCUACUCUUCAAAUACUGCCUCCGUCUAAGGGUUAACGUCCUUAUUUUCACAGAAUUGGACGGACAAAGUGCCAGGCUAUGAACCAAAAUACAUAAUGCCAAGUUAGGUCCACGAACAUACACCUCACAAUCUUUCUUUCGCUGGGGAAGAUGAGAAGUACCCAAAAUACAGUGUUGAAUAGGGUAAAACAAUCGGAUAUAGUAAACCUGUAUCUUGUGCCUUAUAAAGAAGCUAUACUUGAAGUGAACUAUAAUUGCCAAGAAAGAUAUGGCAUUUUGAAAGUCAUGAAAUCAAGAGUGCGUUUAAUUUCCAGGUUUGCUUCUAUUAUUGGUGUAUAGCCGAGUAUGUUAAAAGGGGCAUCAAAUGUAUAAUAUAUAGUGUGUGGCAUGUAUUUUCAUAUAUAUAGUCGGAAAUCUUGUCUGUGUCGAUGUACAUUGUUUUGCGUAUGAAUGCAAUAAAUUAGCUUUUCAUUGUGUUGGAGUGAAGGAAGCUUUUGCAGUGUGGGUGUGUGUGUGUGUGUGUGUAAUAAAAUGAAGCUGUCUUUGUAUUGCAGAUUAGAUUGCGUAAUUUGUGAGUGGGAGAUUGGUCGUGAAUUGAUGAUGUAAUUAUAUGUUGAGUGUGUAUGGAAGUAAGAAAAUGAAGCUGUCUUUGUAUUGCAGAUUAGCUUGAUUGACGUGUGAGUGGGAGAUUGUAUGUGAAUUAAGGACGUAAUUGUAUGUUGAGUGUGUUUGGAUGUAAGAAAAUGAAGCUGUCUUUGUAUUGCAGAUUAGCUUGAUUGACGUGUGAGUGGGAGAUUGUAUGUGAAUUGAGGACGUAAUUGUAUGUUGAGUGUGUAUGGAUGUAAGAAAAUGAAGCUGUCUUUGUAUUGCAGAUUGGCUUGAGUGACGUGUGAGUGGGAGAUUGUAUGUGAAUUGAUGAUGUAAUGUGUUGUGUCUAUGAAUGCAGCUAUAUGAAACCUUCUUUAUGUUGCAGAAGAGAAAGCUUGUGUGUUCCGUGUGUUACAUGUAUGCUACUGAUAAGAUUUGUAUUUUUUGUGUGUGACUGCAACAAAUGAAGCCUUCUAUGUAUUGCAGAGAAGCAGGAAAACCAUGUUGUUGAUAAUCCUGAUAUAAAGGAUCGUAUUAUAAGACAAUUCGCUGCCCAAGAACACAUAUUUGGCAAAGCUUUCGUAGGAGUUGUGGGAAUUUCCAGGAGUAGUUUUAUGACCCUGGUGGUAGUCAGACCCUUCUUCUGUACCGUGAACCUUAAGGAACACUCAUUAGAACUCGACUGACUCCCUCUUUGACCUUUAGAAAUAGCUGAUGUGGGAAGCGAGUGUCUUAUAAUACCGAGCAAAGUGUCUAACUAGCGUGGUGAUUAUAUUGCGCAGGAGUGAGUGUACUAUCAUUUUGUGUUAUGCAAGAAAUGGUGAAAAGUGUGCAUGAAUAAACGUACUGUGUCUAUUUUGUGUUAUGCAAGAAAUGGUGAAAAGUGUGCAUGAAUAAACGUACUGUGUCUAUUUUGGGUUAUGCAAGAAUUAAAUGGUAAAUAUUUUGUGUAGGCAUAUAUUUUGUAGCUCUUAUUUGUGCUAUGCAAGAAGUUAUCACACUCUACAACUCUGCAUAUAUAAAUGUAGGUGCCAAAUGAAUAGACCUAAGGAUGUUGUACUUGCCUCUACAUCGCUAUUAUAUUUUGUGUAUAAAGGAAAAAUAUAUGUGAUGAAGCUCUCGUAUUUAUUUUUUGUCGAAAUAAGAAAAAAGUUCGUGUAUGUCAUAGGGACAUGUGUGUAGUUGUUUCCGUGCAAGUGAUAUAUUUUCUAUGCAGAUGAAAAACAAUGAUGCAGCUCUUGUGUUAUUUAUAUUUUGUGUCUCUAUAGAGGAAAAAAUAUGUGCAUGACUGAUUGAGAAUUUGUCAGGAGAAUCACAAUAAUUUAACAGUGGAUGAUUUUUUUGGAUGUAACUAUACUUGUGAGUGCAAAAAGAAUCAGUUAAGUGACUCAUAACAUUUGAAUCCAGUGACGUUUAUUUCCUUAUCAGACUGGAGUGAGAGAAGAGUCAAACCUCGUUCAUGGUGCCUUAAGACAAACUUGCAGGAUUCUGGAUAUAAAUAGAAUUAGUAGAAUCAUAUUUUUAACCCCUUGGCUGUGGUUUUCCUACAAGAAGACAUCACCAAGCUACAGGAAUGGAACAAAAAGUGGCUGCUACAAUUCAAUGAAGAAAAGUGUAGUCCUGCACUAUGAGAGAUGAAAUCCAGCAUACCAAUACCACAUGGGAAACACUCCACUAUCCACUACAGAGGCAGAGAAAGACCUGGGAGUACAUGUUACCAGGCUACCAGUGAAGGUCAAAUCCGUGGCAAUCGCAGUGGACGGGUAAACAGUUGAGCUAUUUUUUACACAAACUGAGCAAGAAAAAAAUAAAUCAAACUCUAUUAACAGAGCCUUAAAAAUAUUGGCAUGAUUGUGUAUAAAAGGAAUUAUGUAGUUAAAGGAACCAUAAUAUUUAAGUCCAGUGAGAUAUUUUUCUCUCAAACAGAGUAGCCUAGGUAUAGUGGGCAAACUACAUCCAGGGUGCCUUUGAGAAUAAAACUUGCAUGGCAGUGAAUGUGACUCGUUUAAGAUAAUCAUCAUGUUUUAGUGAGCAAUUUUUUCUCUUCUUUCUCCCUCAAGCAAAAUGAGUAGAAAUAAAUGUCAAGAGCAAGAAAAAAUAGGUCAAACUCUAUCCACAGAACCUUAGAAUAUUUAAAAAAAAAUUACGUAGUUAAAAGAACCAUAUGAUAUUUCCAUCCAUUGUGUUAAUAAGAAAGUGUUUGCAUGACUGAACACAAGGAGAAAUAGCUAUGAAAACCACAACAUUCUAAUCUAUUUUUUCCCCAAACAACUUACACACAACAAAGCCCAUUCAUAAUGCAGCAAAAUGAAAUAUUUGCACGACUGAACAAAAAAAGAAAUAGCCAUGAGAAUUGCACCACCAUAUUUUUUUUUCCAAACAAACUGUUCAGAAAAAAAGGCAGACCCAUUCAUAGUCUUAAAUAAAAAUAUGUGCUGGCUUACUGAAAAAAAUAGCUAUGAGAACCACAAGAUUUAAUAAUUUUUCUCUCACAAGCAGAGCAGAAAGAGGAAGUUACAAUCUCGUUUAUUGCAGGGGUGUGGAGUCGGUUAAAAUUUUCCGACUCUGACUCCGGGAAAUUUUAAAGUUGCGACUCCGACUCUGACUCCGACUCCGGCCCCCAUGCCCCUCCCCCUCUAUAGCAAUUUUUUUUUUUUUUUUUUUUUAGAUGCUGCCUUAGUGCUGGUAGACUCUCCUGAGGUCCUUUUUCUUACAUGUAUCUACAUCCACAUUACGUGUACUCUAUGUAGACAACAUCCAGAUAAUGUAAAAGAAAAAAACUUCACAGCCAUAUUACACGAUAAAAUUAUAUUAAGGAAUCAGAGUCGGGGUUAUUUUUACCGACUCCGACUCUGACUCCGGACAAAAGUAGCCGACUCCACAGCCCUGGUUUAUUGUGGCUUUACAUGAUUAUCAGUGUGAAGUUUCUCAAGUGGGCAGAGGCUUGGAAUGUAACCCAUCAUGUUCCUUCCUUCUGCGUUGGAAAAUCAGUUCUUGUUUUGGUUCUUAUCAUUUAUAAUUCCAUAAUUAAUCUGCCUUAGAAAAUUUGUUCUGGUUUUGGCUCUUGUUAUACGUAAAUCAUAAUUAGUUCCUGUUAUCUGUAAAAUGAUAAUUCGUAAAAGGUUUUAGCAAUCUCACUCACAGGCAUAACGAGAUUUGCCUGAAGCUGAGGUAUUUGUUGUAAUUUCUUUUCAUGUUGACUGAAUGUGUAUAAGAAAAAAAACUAUGAAUGAGUUAGGAUGAUUACCUGUACUACUUUAAUGCCUUAUAUGGAUAGUCAAAUGAACAAUGAGAAAUUCUUUGAAGUGCACAUAGAUGUUUUCUGUAGCAUUGUUGUUUGUAGUGAUUAUUAUAUUGUCACAUACUGUAUCCUUACGUGAACUAAACCAUUGUACGGUCACUCUCGAGCAGGGUUUAAGAAGGUUUAUGAAGGGUACAAUGAAGAGAUGGGCACUACAUUGCUAAGAUGCCGGUAAUACAAUGUUGGGAAUUGACUGUGAAUUUUUUUCAUUGGCGAACGAAUAAAUUUUUAUACUCAGCA